AUGUUUCUCUCAUUAGAUCACUUUCUACUCCAAUUUUUGUCCUCCGAUGAUGCACACUCAACUUACAGUUUAGUUGAGGAUUUAUUUGGUGAAAUAAUUGACAUUCUGCUACUAAUAUCAAACUGGUUGACAGUGGCUGUCGCUGUGGAGCGUUACCUCGCCAUAUGCUUUCCUCUGUAUGUGCGUUGUUUCUCGCAUCGUGCGCAAAAGCGUAUUGUCUUGUGCAUAAUCUUUACAGCAAUCAUUCUUCAGUUCCCUUCGCUUGCCAAAUACUGGUCUGUUUUGGAUUCUCUGUCGAUUGCUUUAUCUUACUUCAACCUCUGGUUCACUCGAGUUUUAGUUCUUUUAAUAUUUCCUUGCACGAUAUUAAUAUGCGUGAAUGUACGACUAAUCCAGACUAUAAGAUCAUCCUUCAUUCUCAAGCAUUGCGCUUUUGCCUCAACAGCUCUUGAUUGUCCUAGCAACGAUGGUAGCACCUCCGAAUGCAAGUCCAACAUCUCGAGGUCAACACGACCGAUGGUGCCCUUCACACUAAAUGGGUCACUUACACGAGUAGUAGGCCAGCAUGCAUCGCGAGAAGAAAGAGCGAUCAUAAUCAAUCUAACUUGUCUGAUUGCUGCAUUCUUUCUCUGUCAGUUCCCUUUCAUUUUCCUCUCCGUAGCCUUUAAGCUCUACGAGUCAGACAUGGACAAUGUUGCCUUUCGCGGCGCCAAUGUUACCCUCCUUCAAAAAACAUUUUUGUGCAAUAAGGAUUCUAUAAAUCAAACACUUCACUUACCUACGACUUCAACAACUAACGCAAUAGCCUCUACCGCUACAGUAUUCAUUGGCACGGAACUGGAUAUCCUGGCUUACGUUAGAGCUCUCUCUGUCAUCUUUCUGAUGCUGAAAGGUGACCUCUACUUCCUCCUCUACUGUGGUCUAUGUGGCAACUUGUCCCGAGUGUUAAGAUCUUUCCUACAUUUGUAA